AUGGCGAGCCGCUCUUCUUUUCACGACCAGCUCUCCUCCAUCAUGGAGACCAUGGCUCGGUCUGCCCUGAGUCAGGUGUGCACUCUGGUGGAUAAAGACUCGUCUGAGCUCCGGCAUGAGUUGUCUCGGCUACUGUUUGCUAAUUCAGCUCUAGCAGAGAAAGUGGAGAGUCUGGAGUGCGAGCUGACCAUCGUGAGAAGCGACACACCCACGUUGUGUAAAAGUUAUAGCACCGUCGGUGUGCAAACUAUCUGCCUCAGGGAUGGAGAUGAUGCUCUUGUUUCAAAGUCUCCAACCAUAGAGGGGAUCUUUGGAAAGGAUUGGUGUAUGGAUCUGUGGAAGGAUAGAUAUCCAUACAGUCUGGAGAGAGUCACAGACUCACCACAGCCCUCUGAUAAGUUCGACCAAAUUACUGUCACUCAUGUUAAAGAGGAAGAUUAUGAGGAGGAUGCUGUCAGCAGCUGCCAGGAGGGAACAUUCAGUACAGAAGAACACAGAGAAUGCUUGGCUGAGGAGCCAGAGCAGCUGUCAGUUGGUUACUUGCCUGAUGGCAGCGCUUGCAGUCUGUCUUUCGAUCAAGAUGAAGAGCAGACUGUGUCGGCCGGUGGUUUUGAAGAACCAUCCAUGCAGCUGAUAUCUGUCAAUGACACAGAAAAGGCCUUCAGCACCCACAUCAUUCCAAUCGAAGAGGAGGACGAUGAUGAUGAUGUGCAGUUUGUUGAGGAAAGUCAUCAGGAGCCAACGUUAAACGCUGCAAGUGAACCCACGCAAAACGAGCAGCAGACAGUAACAGCAAACACUGAAAGCAUCACUGUUCUGGAUAAAAACUCAUUUAACAACUUUAAUGUGGUUAAAAGCAAAAAGGAUUCAAACAAAUUCACAUGUCAAAUAUGUAACAGGACAUUCUUUCACAAGGGCACUCUGACGCACCACCUGAAAUCACACAAGUCAAACUUGUGCAACAUUUGUAAGCAGUAUUUCCCACACAAGAGCAAGUUACACAAACACACAUGCGUGCCUCCAGUCCUCUCUCAAAGAGUCACUAAAUCAUGUGAGCUGUGUGGGAAGAUCUUUGCUAACCCAUCGGCUCUGAGGAUUCACUACGUCGUUCACACCGGAGAGAAACCUUACUGGUGCAGUUUAUGUGGGAAACGGUUCACCCAGAAAGGCAAUCUGAAAUGUCACCUACGCAUCCAUACUGGUGAGAGACCGUUCCACUGUGGUAAAUGUGGAAAGACCUUCACACAAAAGGUGAAUCUCAACCAUCAUCUAAUGGCACACAGAAAUCGUGACGUGGUAGCAUAG